AUGACUUUCUCAAUAUUUUGCAUUGGUUCAUUGUGGUGGUACGGUAUUGUACGUGCCAAAGCCGUCAAGUCCAAAACGUGAAAAAAGUAAACAUUUGCCUAAGGACAGCACUGAAACUUUCAUCUUUAUCCAACGUAAUUCCAACUGUAGAUUAAAACGUGAAUUUCUUGGAGGGUGAAAUGGCUGACACUAAUUGCAGCGACGACAGUGCAGGAAACUGCACUUUGGCAGAGCCGACUGCGGUCGCCCCGUCGUAUCCAGAUUACACCGGCUGGCUCCAGUUCUCAAUUACAACCCAGUUCUUGCUGAUCUUCAUCAUCUUCUUCACUAACGCCACAGUUCUGGUCCUGGUGGCUCGAUUUAGACGUCUUCAGGUUUUGGAGAACUCGUUCGUUGUAAGUCUUGCAGCGGCUGAUGGAUUGCUAUCCGUUGCUAUGAUACCAGGAGUAGACAUCACUCUUAAUCCCAACCGAGCUGGUAAUAAGUAUGCUUGCCUCCUUCUCUGGUGUUCCAUUAUGUUCUCCUCCAGUGCCAGCGUCUUUUCGCUUCUUGUCCUCAGUCUAGACCGGUACCUCAAGAUAGUGCAUCCUAUGCACCAGUUCAUGACCCCUCUCAGGGCAUGUGUGUUAUUGGUGUUCAUCUGGAGCUACACGUUUUUCACCGCAUUCUUUCUGCCUUUCGUCGGCGUCAACGGCAUCUCGGGUCCGUCCUUCGUGUGCUUCAAUUUUAAAGAUGUCUUCAACAUUGCUCAUCUCCAGUUCUACUGCAUCGUGAACGGCCUCUUGCCUUUCCUGUUGAUGUUUGUAAUGUAUGGCAAGAUCUUCUUGGUGGUGUGGGAGAAACUCCAAGCGGAGCCUGAGCAGCGGCCGACCAGAGCCGAGACUGACGAGGGCGCCCGGGGAAAGGUGUGGCUCAGACGGGAGUUCCAAGUCACCAAGAAGCUCACCCUGGUGCUGGGCACGACCACUGCAGCCUGGGUGCCCACCACGUGCAUGCUUCUCAGGCAGAUAUACGAUCCGACCUACUACCCAACGUUCGAGACCAGGGUAAUUUUGAGCACUAUGACUUACAUGAACAGCGCCGUCAACCCGUUAAUCUACUCCUUACGAAUCCAGCCGUUUCGCGACGUUUUGUCAAAGGUUUUCUGCAGACGGUGUCAAGGAGCCAUCGCCAUCCAUCCAUCUAGUGGUACGGCAACACAUUCAGCUUGAACCACUCAACAAGCCUUCAUACCAUAACCUUCAUCUCAUCCGUAAUAACCACGUCGUUUCGACCUGGUCUGUCCAGUUUAUCUGUCCCACAAGCGGACCCUCUGUCGUGACAUGGUGCGUUCGUUUGUACACAUCCGCUUCGCACAAUUGGGACAUUUAUUUUCAGCAAACAAUCUUUUGAUCUUUGAGAGAACUAAAAUUACGUAAA